CUCUUCCUUUGUCACUUUCCCCGACCAUCCUGAAACCGUUUUUCACUCACCUCGAGUUUGUUCCGUCGCUUCCGGCUUCCGACAACACACAGGACUGAGGCUGUCAUAUUUAAGCACUAGAAAAGUACUGCAGUUUCAAGCUCUUCCCAUAGUUAAUUGUCCUUGAUUUAUGUCUUCGUCUUCACCACCGUCGUAUACAAGCGAGGACCAGACUUUUCAACACAACGUCCAAGACGUCCAGGCUUCUUCGGUCCAGAGACGAAAAAGUAGCAAGGAAAAGGCCGGAGAAGUUAGUGGGGAUCCUGAUAUCAAAUCCGAGACGUCUUCGAUUUCUAGACGAAGGUCUAGGCGCCAUUCUUCUCACUCUGUCGACGCUCCGAGAUUGUCACAAGAAAUCAUCGAGCGCAUCGCUCGUCAAAGCGUCCGUUCCUCAAGGCACAUAAACGCCGACUUGCUCAAGCAGAUCGCGAAACAAGGCGGACUGCCCAAGGAUUUGGACCAAGACGGACUACCAAAGUUCAAAGUGAUUACCGGAUCCGAAGCCACGAGGGUUUAUGAGAAGACUUUGCGAGAGGAUGACCGUGCUUCUUCCUUGUCCCAUGACUCGAGCAAAAGAAGGGGCGCUCGACAUUUCGAAUCACGCCCAAUCGUUCUCGCCUACCCCGGAAUACGAGCAGGAAGGAAGGUCGUAGAUUACUACAUGACUUGGAAGGGUAAAACACCAAAAGCACAUCGGUUGAAAGGUACCGGCCGACGGACUGAUAUUCUCGACGGAGAAUUCAAGAGCCUUGCCAAGUCAUUCGAUGAAUACGGCAAGAAAGUCAAAAGAUUAUCCGGCCUCAUUUCUGUAGAGCCUUCUACACCGAAGGUGUCCACUUUUGAUAUAGAGCCUCCUACACCCAAAGCAUCUACGUUUGGUACAUCUUCAGCGCUUCCUGACAUCUCAAAUGUAGACGACAAUGUCAAUGCGGCAGUAGAACCCACGAGGCCUACAGUAAUUCAAGUUGAAUCAGCGCCUGCGGUAUUAACUACCACGUCUUCAAACGAGAACGAUCCGUUAGCACCUCCACGACCUCCGUACGGUAGAAUCAACAGCAACGGUAGCGCAGUAUCCCUGCCGUACCUAGGAGAUCGACUCCCAUUAGUCGUUGUCAACCCGGAUGCUUCUUCCUCCUCUGGGCAAGAUUCUCGGCGUUCGUCUCUAGCCGCGGGCAGCAGCAGCAAGCCAACAAAAGACAAAUCUCCUCUCAAGCAAGUGCUCACAGCCGUGGAAGAAGAAACCGAUGAUGUCCAGUCUAACACGAGUCUGAAACAAAGCUAUAUUGACUCUGACUCGAAGUCCCAUCAUCACAGGCAUGGAGAGCACGAACUUGACCGCAGGCAAAGAGGUGAUCAUCAUCGAACGUCGUCCAGUGAGAAACGCGAACGGGAUUCCUCAAAAUCACCGACGAGCUCAACGGAGAGUUUAUCCGGUUCCAACUCAGGACGUGACCAUGAUAAACACAAGAAUUCGGGCGAGGAUGAGAUAUUAAUCGUUCUGAUGGACGACAAGAAAUCAUCGUGGCAUGGGUAAAUGACUUCCCAUUGGCGUAUCAAUAUCAGGACAACAGAACUGACCCGAUUUAGACUUCCUCAAGUUGACAGACAUGACUCGAAGA